GGGCGAAGGCCGGGGCAUGGUGAUUCUGGCCACAGAGCUAGCCACGCAGCCCAGCUCCCUGGAGCUCGCGCAGUCGAGAGCCCAGGUCGUGGUUCCCCGGCGAGCGGGCCGGCACUGCGGGCUCCCCAGCUCUCCGCCUUCCCCGACACCCGGGCGGGCCAUGCGCCCGGGCUAGAGCGUAGCCGCCGGCAUGCUGCUCCCGGUGGUGCUCGCCGCUCUCUGCCUCGCCGCCUGCCCAGCGCCCGCGCGCGCCUGUCAGCUGCCCUCGGAGUGGCGACCCCUGAGCGAGGGCUGCCGUGCAGAGCUGGCCGAGACCAUCGUGUAUGCCAAGGUGCUGGCGCUGCACCCUGAGGUGCCUGGCCUCUACAACUACCUGCCCUGGCAGUACCAAGCUGGAGAGGGAGGGCUCUUCUAUUCCGCCGAGGUGGAGAUGCUGUGUGACCAGGCGUGGGGCAGUAUGCUGGAGGUGCCCGCUGGCUCCCGGCUCAAUCUUACAGGUCUGGGCUACUUCUCCUGUCACUCCCACACGGUGGUCCAGGACUACUCCUAUUUCUUCUUUGUCAGGAUGGAUGAAAAUUACAAUCUCUUGCCCCAUGGAGUCAAUUUCCAAGAUGCCAUUUUUCCGGACACACAAGAAAACAGAAGGAUGUUUUCCAGCCUCUUCCAGUUUGCUAACUGUUCACAAGGGCAGCAGCUGAUGACCUCGAGUGACUGGGAGAUCCAGGAAGACAACAGGCUCAUGUGCUCCUCGGUGCAGAAGGCCCUGUUUGAGGAAGAGGACCACGUCAAGAAGCUGCAGCAGAAGGUGGCCACCCUGGAGAAGCGCAACAGGCAGCUCCGUGAGCGGGUGAAGAAGGUCAAGAGGUCUCUGAGGCAGGCGCGGAAGAACAGCCGCCACCUGGAGCUGGUUAACCAAAAACUCAACGAGAAGCUGGUGGGCGGAGGUGCUCAGCAGUACAUUAACGCCCUGAGCCGGGAGUCCGCGCGCGCCCCCUACCUGCACGGGUAGCAGGUGCACGUGGAUGCAGGCCUGACUUGCCUGUCCCCGCAGACUGAGAGAAUAAACGUGGGUUCUGUACACGCACUUAUUUCAAACAUUGUAGGAGACACCCGUUGGGCAUUUGGUAGAGUCUAACUGGGUAAAAUGGCAAGUCUUACUUUCUUUUCCAUUGGGUGCUGGCCUUACUCGGCUUCAGACCCUAUGUGUGGCAUGCUCUUUUUCUGUUCUGGUGCCACACAAAUAGCUUAGAGCCCGGAGGCAGUAGAAUCCCCGAGUUCUGGGCCAUCUUGGGUCUGACCCUCAGCUUCUAGAGAGUCUCUUCAUUGUAGAGAGAACAUUCUAGAAGAUAACACGGGACUCCGCUUUUAUUUCAGAAGACAGUCUGUGAAUCCCAGAAACCAGAGCUGGCACAAGCAUGUAUUCUGAUGAGCUACAGUUGUAGAGAACAUUCUGGAAUGUUCUGCUGCUUUUGCUCAUGGUUUUAGACGCAGGGUGCCUACAUGCAAAUGUGUAGGUACCCGUACUCCAGGUAGCAUUUCCCUCACAGCCGAAGUUCAUUAAGACUUAAGGAGUUCAUCACAGGAUAACUGAGCAGGGAGCUGAGGCAGCUGGUAAUUGGUAAAGAUAAAUCACACCAGUUUUCCAGCCCCAGAUCCCCAGGGCUGACGUGAUACCUACAGGUUGUUUUACUCUAAAGAGCAGUUACUUUUGUGGACACACCAUGUUUCAUGAUGUCGGGACUCAAACUAGUGUCUAGUGCUUGCCAGGCAAGUCUCUACCAUUGAGCUCUACCUUCAGCCCUACUAUGCUUUUAACCAGAUUUCCUUUGAUGGACAUUUAAGGAUGUUUUCAACCCUUGUUUCCAAAUUGGAAUUUAGCCCUGACAUCACUGUGGAGUCUUAACUUGGUUUGCUCUGGCUGCUAAGCCUUUGAGUUUAAGGUCAGUGACCCCAAAACACUGAGACUGUUUACUCUGCAAAUGCAUCUCCCUGCCUGGUGGAACUUAGUAAGGGCCAUGUUCCCAUACAGGCUCCUAAAGGGUGUUGUCCAGGUACUCCAACCCAAGCUUCUACAUAAGCCCCAAGCCCUAUCUGGAAACACAUACAUGCUCUCUGCCCAGGUUCACCACAAAAGGUCUGUAGAUCCCCUGGUAGAAAUACUUGCACAAUAGUGCACUUUCCUUUAAACAGUUCUUUAACAAAAAGUUUUCUUUGCAAAGACAACUUCAAGGAAGUUCCAUAAGAGCGCUCUGACUGUCCUUACCACAGCCAAGACUGACCAUGACUCAGCUGUGUUAUUCGGAAGUCAGCAGAGUGGCUGCUGCUUCAUCUCUCCUGCUGAUGGACCUCCGGACCAAAUGCCCUUCCAUGUUGUCCCACCAACAGAAAGAAUGCUUUGGCUGUACAAUGUCAAUCAUGCAAAGUCUACUCCGUUCACAUGAGGCUGAUAAAAUGGCCAUUACUGUCACACUGCUACCUUUCUGCUUUUAGGAAGUCCGGGCAACUCUAUGAGAAGUAUCUUGUAUCAUAUGAGUAUUGUGCCUUUGGCUGGACUGGGCAUGAUGGGAACUUCUGUUCUGGGACCAAUAUUCCUCCACCCUCACCCCUUAGCCCCUUGAGCAGUGCUAUUCAUAAUUUGCUACAUAGGAGUGCCUUCUCGUUAACUCUCCUGGGGGAACAUUUAAUUAAAGCAGUUUUGUUACCUCCCAAGAGAAUAACAAGCUUAGAGGUGACAGAGCCAGGACUCAGAGAACUGUGGAAGCCAAGAUGUACUGUGUUCUGUUUUUCCAAUAAACACGAGCAGUGAUUCCAA